AUGGAUGCGAAAUUCAUAAAUGUCCUUAUAUUGGGCUUCGGUUUUAUGUUCGUCUUCACAUCGUUCCAAACGAUGGGAAAUAUUGAAAAAACAAUACUGGACAGCAUAGCUAAUGAUGAUGAGAAUUUCAAAGGAGAUGGUUACACAAGCUUGGCGGUCAUAUAUGCUUCAUUUGCUUUAUGCAAUUGGUUAGCGCCAUCGUUCAUAUCAUUCACUGGACCCAGAACUGCUAUGUUGUUGGGUGCUUUGACAUACACACUUUUUAUGGUGAUUUUCCUAUUUCCAUCCACCUGGUUACUGUACUUUGCUAGUGCAAUACUUGGUGCUGGUGCUUCCAUUACAUGGACUGGUCAAGGCACAUUUUUAGCGCGUUGCAGUAAUCCUGCAAAUAUUUCGCGUAACUCUGGCGUCUUUUGGGCUUUGUUGCAGUGCAGUAUGUUUUUCGGAAACUUAUUUGUGUACUUUCAAUUCCAGGAUAAAGAUCACAUUGAUGCCGAUACACGUAAAUUAGUAAUAAGCGUAUUAAUCGGCGUCGCCAUACUUGGCAUAGUAUUUUUAGCCAGUUUGCGUCCAGUAGCAGAUAAUUCCUCUCCCGAUACUGAAAUGCAACAAAGACAGACAGGACUCGCAAAUGCUGUUUUUGCAUUAAAAUCAGCAGCAAAUCUAUUUAUGACCCGGGAUAUGCUACUGCUCAGUUUAGCAUUCUUAUACACAGGCUUGGAAUUAUCAUUCUUCAGUGGCGUAUAUGGUCCUUCCAUAGGCUUCACAAAAAAAAUUUCUGAAUCUCCUAAGCAAAUUUUGGGUCUAGCCGGUAUUUGUAUUGGUGCUGGUGAAGUGUUUGGUGGUGGACUUUUCGGCAUUUUGGGACCAAAAACAACACGUUUUGGACGAGAUCCAAUUGUAAUUGCUGGCUAUAUUGUGCACCUUAUUGCUUUCUUUUUGAUUUUCUUGAACCUACCAAAUUCUGCACCUUUUACGGACACAAACGAUAUUUCUUAUUUGGACCCACCACGUCCCUGGAUUGCGUUGAUAUGUGCAUUUUUAUUGGGUUUGGGCGAUGCUUGCUUUAACACGCAAAUAUAUUCAAUGUUGGGUGGCGUUUUUGUUAAGAAUUCCGUCGGUGCAUUUGCGCUCUUUAAGUUUACACAGUCAGUGGCAGCUGCAGUCAGCUUCUUUUACUCAUCCCAUCUCGGACUACGAGCUCAACUUGGUAUUUUGGUGAUAUUUGGCACAAUUGGUACAAUUUGCUUCUGCAUUGUGGAAUGGGCCGCAAAGAGACGCAUGCAAGAAGAAGUAUCUGAUGAUUCAAAAGAUGUAUCCCACGAUUCUCAAUCAGUUUCCAGUUACGGAAAAUAAAUUCAAAUGUUUUUCUUUUGUUUUUGUUUAUGAAUCUAAUGAAUGUAAGGUACAACAUUCCGAUGUAUUGAAACCAGACAAAAUCCAAACAGCAUAGAUGUACGUAGUUACUAUAUUUUACAAACAUAUAGACAUAUUCAUAUAUAUAUACAUAUAUACAUAUUUAUAUUUUUUCGUCUUCCGAGACAAUAAAUGAUGUUUAAUAUCAAAUAUUGAAUUAUGAUUACUGUAUAGUUAGUGCAAUAUUUUUAUAAACAUAAUCGUUAAUUUUGUGUAUUGUUAAGAGAUUUUUUGAAGGGCCUAUGGGCACCGAUUUGACUUGACUGUAUUUUUAAGUUUACAAUUUUGAAAUUGUUGAUUAUUCAUUUGUUAACAAAUUAUUUUUUUUUUAUAUGUAUUUUCGUAAUUGAGAUAAAAAGUAUAUUUGAAAUUUGUUAUCAAUCUGGUCGUUGCAUUUUAGUGUGCAAUUUUAGUUUUUAAGUGAAAAAAUGUUGAGUAUCAGUACAUGUUUAUGGAAUAUCUAUUUAUUGUAUUAACAGAUUUUUGUGUAAACU